CUGCGUGUCCUCAGUCAGACAAACAGCGCAACAUUGAAUGACACCAGCUGUCCGCUGCUAGACUGUUGCCCGGUAACUCCGAGACAUCAAGAUUUAUUAUUUGAAAUUUUCUUCGUGUGUGGAGAAUAAGAUGGUUUGAUAAAAAAACAUGGCUAAACGACCAGGGAAUGACGACGGGAUGUUGCCUUCGCCGACCGUAAUUCGAAAUUUCUCCGCGGAAUUGAACACCGGAGACGUUGACGCGGACGGCGGCGACGAAUCCGAAGACGUCUGCCUGGAUGAAAUUCUGACUCUGUACAGCCAGCCGAUAAACGAAGAGCAGGCAUGGGCUGUAUGCUACCAGUGCUGCCGGACCUUAGCGCAGAAACAUCGGAGGAAAGGCUCCGCCAAGUCUGCGGGCGCCUCGGCGGUGGACUGGCCGAGGAGGAUCGAGGGACCCGGGAAUGUAAAGAUCAGCAGAGACGGGACUGUGACGCUUCACUUUGAAGACAGCACAGAUAAUUACAAAUCAGCCUGCACRUCAUUAGAGGUUAUUGACUCGCUGGGCAUCAUGAUCUACAAAGCUCUGGAUUAUGGCCUCAAGGAGAAUGAAGAGCGGGAGCUCAGCCCCCCGCUGGAGCGCCUGAUCGACCUGAUGACCAACAUGGAAGAAAAGGAGAACGACCCCUGUCCUGACGAGGGCUACGAGGCCACAGAGGAAGAGGACGAGUGUGAGGAAGAAGAGGGGGAAGAGGAGCUCGAAUCGGUUACAUCUGGAAGCCCAGUCAGCCAAAUCCAGAGUUAUCAAGACAUCAUCGGGAUCUGUUCUUCCCACCUGCCCAGCCCCUCCGAUGCUCCUAACCAUUACCAGGCUGUGUGUCGGGCUCUCCACGCCGAGACAAAGGAACUGCGUACUUUUCUGGACAAGAUUAAAAGUGCUAAGGAGAACCUUCGAAAAAUGGAAGGCGAGACCCAAGAUGAACCCGUUAGAGACCUCAACGAGCUGGAGAAUGCUGAUUGGGCACGAUUCUGGGUGCAAGUGAUGCGAGAUCUACGGAACGGCGUGAAGUUGAAGAAAGUACAGGAGCGUCAGUACAACCCUUUGCCCAUAGAAUAUCAGCUGACGCCGUACGAAAUGCUGAUGGAUGACAUUCGCUCCAAACGUUACAAGCUGCGGAAAGUCAUGGUGAACGGRGACAUCCCUCCACGAUUAAAGAAGAGUGCACACGAGAUCAUUCUGGAGUUUAUCAGAUCCCGACCUCCUCUGAACCCUGUGUCGGCCCGUAAACUAAAACCCCACCCUCCACGCCCUCCAAGCCUCCACGAGCGACUGCUGGAGGACAUCAAAGCUGAGAGGAAGCUUCGGCCAGUUUCACCCAAUAUAAGCAAAAACCGGAGGAACCGCCUAGGAGCGGGGAAGAGCAUCAGCACCCCUCAGGACUUGUUCCGCAGUUCAGACUCUCCUGAUUCUCAGAGGAAGUUUGUCGGCAGCACCCAYUCUCUGGCCGGUGGCAGCACAGGAACCCCUCAAAGGUUACAGCCGYUGAGCCAGAGGAAGAGGCUGCUCAAGGCGCCAACGCUGGCCGAGCUGGACAGCUCCGAAUCUGAUGAGGAGCCCACACUGAGCAGCUCCAGUAGGUCCUCUUCUGUAAAAGAAGACACAUCUGCUGUGGGGAAGAAAGCACCUCAGAAGCUUCUGCCUCUCUCUGCCACCGUCCAGCUUGAGAAGCAUCAGCCUUUCCAGAGGCGGCACUCUGAGAGGGCGAGCUCCUCCAGUGUUCGUCCUUUCCUGCCACUGUCCAGACAAAACAGCAAGUCUUUGCAAACAGGAAACCCCAGUAGCAAGGUGGACGCAGCCUGCAGUGAUCAGGGCACGGAGGAGUUUUCCUACCCAGUGGAGUGUUUGACUCUGACGGUGGAGGAGGUGAUGCACAUCAGGCAGGUUCUCGUCAAGGCCGAGCUGGAGAAGUUCCAGCAAUACAAAGACGUUUACAGCGCUCUGAAGAAAGGAAAGAUUUGCUUUUCAUGUCGAACCAAAAAGUUUUCCCUCUUCACCUGGUCCUACAUAUGCCAGUUCUGCAAAAGGCCGGUGUGCGCCCAAUGUUCCAAAAAGAUGCGUCUCCCGUCUAAGCCCUAUUCCACGUUGCCCAUCUACUCUCUGGGCCCCGGUACCACAACUAAAAAAGGUUCUGACACAGCUGCUGCUCCUGCUGAAUCAGAGAAACAGUCGUCUGGUUUUGGAUACGGCAGGCACAGUCUACGAAGAAGGUUGUCGAAGCACGGCAGCAAAGACGGGCAGUUACAGGACGAGCUGGAGCUGCCCAAAGAGCUGACAGAAGACUGGGUCAGCAUGGAGGUGUGUGUGGACUGCAAGAAGUUCAUCACGGAGAUCAUCACCUCCAACAAACGCAGCCUGUCUGUGGCCUCCAAGAGGGCACGGAUUAACAGCAAAACUCAGUCCUUCUACAUGUCUUCGUCCAGGUCCAUCAACUUCGCGCCCUCUGAGCGCACCAUCAAUGAAGUGUAGAACAUAAACCCCGCCCACCCGACAUCCCCCUUGUGCACUUUGGUUCUUGCCUCUUCCAGUUUUUGGACAUUUCUUGAAAGAAACCUAUAAAUUUAAUAUGUAAAAGUGUUAAGAGGUUCCCCUCUCAGGUAAAGCUGCUGUUAAAACGUGUCAAAGUUCUUGGAGUCAGCAACACUUUGUUGUAAUUUAGGUAGAAGAAGCUGCUGAGGUCACAUUUGUGAGCCAAAUAAAAGUAAAAGUUGGACAAAAAUGAUAGAGAACGCCUCACGUGGCUGUCAUAUCACGCAUAUAUUGCAAAGACCCAAUCAAUGUAAGCUAUCGAUGUUCCUGUUUACUUUUUGCUCUCAGGAAGAUAAACAGAUUGUCUCUUCGACAGAAAUGCACUGUAGCGUCUCUCGUCAGGUCUGCAGGGGUCCCCGCCCUCUCUCUGAUCCUUCCAGCAACAAUAAUGCCAAAUGUUACAUCUUUAACAUCUCAGAUCAAAUGCGUUUUUUUUUACUUAAAUCUCUGAAACAACAUGUAGAGGCAUAUAAACAGUCUGUUUUUUUUCAGGGUUGUUUUUAGUCAAAAUGUUUGAGUUCUGUACCUCGUGCCAAACUGUAACGUCCGAAUGCCUUUAGAG